UGACAUCUGUUGUCAUAGGCUAAGGCCCUAUUAUGCGUGGAGGGUCUGAGAACUUUGCAUAGCACAAAUUAUUAGCCAGGCGCUGACAAAAUGAGACUUGACAAAGAAAAAUGGCGUUUGAGAGUGAAUGGAUUUCUCACUCAAAUACUAGCUCCAAUGAUGUUUACCAUCAGUGCUACAUUAUACCUCUCUUCAUUGCAUAGGUUUGUCACUAACCCAAAAAAGGCAGGCAUCAAUGAAACCGCACUCCAGCAGGAGCCUGGAUUAGAUGAGCCUGAAAUAAUGUACGCACUGCUGAUAACUGUUUAUGCCUGCGGCGACGUUAUAGGAGGAUUGCUGUCAGGAGUUUUAACUAAGUGCAUCCCGAAUUGGUACCAGUUUGUAUUUGCCAUAUCUCUGCACACGAUUGGCUACGUGUUGUACGGUGUUGCAACUAACGGUGGGAUACUAAUGAUCGGCAUGUUCCUGGCCGGAUACUAUUUGGGAGCACAGCUCACACUCAGUAUGAACUACGCAACAGAAAUGAGUGUCGAGUAUGUGAAUCUACUGAAGGAAGUAAAGAAUGAAGAGUACGAGAAGAAAGUGGUGAAAACUCGUAACUUUCUAUAUUCAGUCUACUCCAUUGGAUACAGUAUUGGAUUUGUCGUUGGUCCUAGUGUUUCAGUAAUAUUUUCUAACCUUCCAAUUGAGCAGUAUCGAUCGAUUGCUUGGUUCAAUGUAGCUUUUGGAGUUAUAUUGUUGAUCUUGUUCUGUUUUCUCUUCCGUGGAGAGAGUAAAUGGAACAGAACUAAUUGUCAUAAGCUUUGUGUCCGCUCAAAAAACAACUCAAGUUCGGCCAAGCCUGGACCACUGCAAAUAUUCAUUAUUGUGAGUAUGCACUUGCUAUCGUUCGUACAAAUGCUGAAGUGGGCAUAUUUUGAGGCCCUAAUGAAUCCAAUUCUAAGUGAUUCAUUUGGGUUCUCUCUAAACACAUCUUCCUACGUCUUUUUGGGGGUGGCUAUCUCAAGCAUUCUAGGCGCCAUCUUACUGGUCUUGUUACAAAGAAUCAAAAUCAGUACACAGAUGGGAGCUUUCAUUGGUAUUUCAAUGACAAUUGUAGGAUACUUCUUAGUAACAGAUUGGCAGGCCAUACCUUACGAUCCAUGCACUGAGUACAGUCCGUUCCACCAUCCAGAUCGCUUUCAAAACAACCACUCAAGUCUAGAAAUGUUAACACCUUUGGAUAAUACUCCCCCAAGUUGGCCUACUCUCUUAAAUAAUCGUGCACACAUGGAUAUUGAGUUGGAUUUUGGUGAUCGAACGUACACAGAAAUUGCUUACCACUUUAAUUUCAGCUGCUACGUUGAUGAAUUUUGCCCAUUUUGCACCGAGAAAUCUACCAGCAAGCACCGGUGUUUGUCGUUUGUAGUUGAAGGUGAAAACGAAUCUUCAGAACAGGUGCUCGAUGUGUUUUCCUGUUCUUUAACUUCUCCUUUACAAAAUAUUUGCCUCAGUAUUUCUCAUCAUCAAUCAACUGAUUCUGAGGAAGUUGAAAAUUUAAAUGGAAAUCGUUUUGUAGCCGGCGUUCAAAGCUUAUUGGUACUCCCUCAAGAUAUGUACUCCACUGCAAGCAAUGCCUGUAUAAAUGCCAAUGUAUCAAUUAGUGGAGAGUGUCAUUGGAUACCGUUGUCAAGUGGUGAGGAAUGUGUGGAUUGUCCUCCUAUCUGCAGAGGAAAGCAACGGACACUACUGCUACCAUUGUAUCUGAUAGGGAUGGUGCUAUUGAUAGGAAGCUACCCUCUUGUCUGGGUGAAUUUGGUGGCCAUAGCUAACAACCAGAGUCCUGAAAGUGUUCAAGGUAUUGUGAUAGGAGGUAUCAAUGCAGCAAAUGGACUUGCUGCGAGUAUCAGUCCUGUGGUUGUCGAUUUGCUCUAUGAAAAGACGAUGAAAAGAACUUUCGUGCCGUCUAUUCUGUUUGCUCUGUUGCAUAUACCAUUUCUCAUAGAAAUCAUCAUAUUGUACAAACCCUUAGGACCUUCAUAUAAGCUCACUGAAUAUAGAUCCACUCUGCCCAAAGAACAAUUGUCUGGGAAAGAGUGCGAUUGUCCUUGAUGAUUGUCCUUGAUGAUUGUCCUUGAUUUAUAUACCAUUGAAA